AUGGCAAUAUCGCUGGACCGCAAGACGGUCGCGAUAUAUGCCGGCGCGAUUCUGCUGCGCCUUGUCAUCUUCCUUGCCUUUCCCGACAUUCCCAAUUUCCUGACCGCGAGAGUCGAAAUAUCAACCCCGAUUUCAAGCUUCCAGAGACUUCAAGAAGGUCUCUUUCUCUAUCAACAUGGAUUGUCGCCUUACGAUGGCGGUGUCUUUCACCAAGCGCCACUGCUACUGGUCAUCUUCGAGAUAUUACCCUCCACGCUGAUCUUCGUGGGGCUAGAUGUCUUGAAUGCAGCCUCCUUGCAAGGAAUCGCGAAGGAACUACGCCUCCCCACCUCUCGAUUUCAGAAAUUGGACGGGUCCCUGAUUGCCGCAGCUUAUCUCUUCAAUCCAUUUACCAUCUUGUCAUGUCUUGGGAGAAGCACCAGCAUCUUCACCAACGCCGCUAUUAUCCAAGCUGUCUUGAACGCUCAGUCAGGAAAUGCAGUUCGAGCUAUGUUUGGGCUCGCGAUUGGGACUUAUUUGUCCAUGUAUCCGGCGUUACUCCUGCCACCCACCCUUCUCAUGAUUCACAAGAGCAACCGAUCCAAGUCCGUCGUUGCUCCGAUCAUUUCGUAUGCCACGGGACUCGGUGCGCUCCUUGCUACGACGCCCAUCCUGACCAGCGGGUUCUGGAACUUCCUAGCCUCGUGUUACGGAGUUCAAAUAACGGUCCCCGACCUGACCCCGAAUGUGGGGUUGUGGUGGUACUUCUUCAUCGAGAUAUUCGAUUCCUUCCGAGAUUUCUUUGUUGGCGUCUUCUGGUUGCACUUGGUGGGAUAUGUGGGAGGCAUGACCCUUCGACUUCAAAGCCAACCGCUUUUCGUCAUCACCAGUCUGCUGGGCUUGUUUGCCAUCUUCAAGCCAUACCCGAGCAUCGCGGACGUCUCGCUAUAUCUUGGAUUUCUGCCAAUGUACCAACACGUGCUUCCACUAACCCGCUACACCUUUAUAGCAGCAUCAGUACUGCUCUAUUCGACCUUGCUGGGACCUGCAUUCCACCAUUUGUGGAUAUACGCCGGAUCCGGGAAUGCCAACUUUUUCUAUGCCAUCACGCUGGUCUGGAGUUUGGGAUUGACCAUUCUUGUUGGAGACACGUUGUUCGCUGUCAUGCGCGAUGAAUGGGAGAUGGAGAGACCCGAGAUGAAGGGCAAAAGUGUACGCCAGAUAUGA